ACAAAACACGUUUUUUGUUGUGCGAAAUCAAAACCAAAAGUCUGGCAAGAUGGACCGUGAGCGAUCUUAGCCGUCCAAGUGACACCACAAACAAAAAAAAAAACCAAAAGUCAAAUCACAUUUUAUUAAUUUUAAAAGUUCUUUUUUUUAAUGGAACCUGCUUCCGAAUUCCCCGGUAUCUGCCGGGUGUGCCUAUCCCGUUCCGCCAACAAUGAUAAGUAUCGUGCCUUGUUCAAGGUGUCCUUAAUCUGUGGCCAAAAACGUCGAUUUAUGGACCUCUUGCUGGAAUUUCUCCCGGUGCUGGAGAUCUCACAAGAUGAUAAGUUACCAAAGUACAUAUGCACCAAGUGUUCGUUAUCGUUGAAACAUUUCGUAAGCUUCCGGAAUCGAUGCCUUAAGGCGGACAAAGAACUGAGGGAACAUCCGGAGCGUUAUAUUUCCAUUGAGCUCGAGAAGCCUACAAUUAGGGCAGAUUUCUCCGAAGAAAGUGACUCGGGAGAGGUAAAUGAAAGCCACAAUCUUGCCACCGUAGAGGUUCAAGAACCGUCGCCGAAAAUCCGGGAUAACCUAAUCGAAGUGGUUGACAAUCCCACCGAGAUAUUUGAAAUACGUUCGGUUGAUCCCCCGGAAGGCAACGACAAAAGUGGCCUGUUUGAGUGCGACCAGUGCCAUAAGGUGUUGGGUACCAGCAGGUCCUUCAAAUGUCACAUGCAGCUUCACUCCGAGCUAGCCAACUUCCUGUGCCAGAGCUGUGGCGAAAAUUUUAAGACGAAGAUGGCCUACAUUGGGCACAUGGCCAGUCACGAUCCGGAGCGGUUCAAAUGUGACGUUUGUGGCAAAUCGUAUCGCCAGGCCGCUUCCCUCCGGAAUCAUAAGCUCAACCACAGCCAGGAGAAGCCCUUCGCCUGCACGAUUUGUGGCCACUCAACAACCCAGAAGAGUGGCCUUAAGAAGCACAUGUUGACCCACUCCGAGAGCAAGGCCUUCGUGUGCGACCUUUGUGGUGAUCAUUUCCGGUUCUCUAGCAAUCUCCAAAUGCACAAACGCCGGAAGCAUACGAUGGUGAAGGACCACGUUUGUUCCCACUGUUCGAAGGCGUUCGUUUCCCGGGAUGAGCUGCUGAAUCACCAGAUGUGCCACACGGACGAGCGACCAUUUGAGUGCGAGCUGUGCCGGAAGACGUUCAAUCGGAAGAGUUCCCUGCAGUUCCACCGGAGGCGAAAGCACUCGAUGCUGCCGAUGCAUGCCUGCAACGUUUGUGGACGGGGUUUCAGUCAGAAGGUUUCGUUGCAAAUGCAUCUCAAGACGCACGUUUUGACGGAUUGAA